UUAUUAAAGUUUGUACAUCCUUCUUUCCAGUACUAUGCUGAAUCUCAUGCUGUGAUCUACAUUAUUGACUCUUCAGAUAAGGAAAGGUUAGAAGAAUCAAAGUCUGCUUUUGGUAAAGAUUUUGUUUCGUUUUUAACCUAUAUAAUCUUACAGGACUGUAUGAGUGUACGAGAUAUUAGACAAGUGCUCAGAGAAAGUGCUCAUCUACUUGGAAGAAGAGACUGUCACAUGUUAGGUGCCUCAGCACUUAGAGGUGAUGGAAUCCAUGAUGGAAUAGAGUGGUUGGUAGAAUGUGUUAAAAGAAAUAUUGUACGGCCUGCAAAACGAUUGGACGAUUCAUAAUAUAUUAGGUUUCAAGAUUCUUUUGGUGUGAAGAGAGAUAGUUGUUGGUUUCACUUGUCACAUGUUCACAUUUUGUUGUGUAAUUUUUUUAACAUGAUCAAUAAAAUGAAUAAUCAGAUUCGCUUGUUAUAAAUAGAAACUUAA